GGGCUCCAGCUUGUAGUACGUGUGCUUUACAGCAGUUAGCUUGUGACCAGGGAGCUAACGCUACAGUUCAAUUGAAGUCAGAAAUAUGGUGCUACUUGAAAACGACUCGUUCCUUACAGAGCUCACGCGGCUCUUUCAGAAGUGCAGAGCAUCUGGCAGUGUUGUCAUCACACUAAAAAAAUAUGAUGGGAGGGUGAAGCCAGUUCCUCGAAAGGGUCAAACCGAGUCAUUUGAACCAGCAGACAACAAAUGUCUCAUUAGAGCAUCUGAUGGCAAGAAGAAAAUUAGCACAGUGGUCAGCACAAAAGAAGUAAUCAAGUUUCAAAUGGCAUACUCCAAUCUCCUCAGAGCUCACAUGGAUGGACUUAAGAAGAAAGAUAAGAAAAGCAAAAGCAAGAAAACCAAAGCCACCCAAUGAGAAACAGACUCUUACACAUAACCUUGGGUACCUAAACUGACCUGUACUAUCUGAGGGGAUGGGAAAGGCCUCUACUUGGUCUGUUGUCCCACCCCAGCUUACUUCCUGUUCACCUGAAGCCUCAAACACUGUUCAUCCACCAGGUGACUGCUUUGAUAUCACGCCAUCGUUUGCAUGGUUAUGUCUCAUCCUCAGCUGCUCAUUGGCACCGGUGAUCUGGAACAGAAAAACCUGAGGGUUUCUCAUAAAUCAUACAGGAAGAAGUCAGCUUUAUUGAAACUUCACCACUUCUGCUUCAGAACCAGGUCAUCAACAGGUGGAGUCGAAUCCAUGGAGCCCAAUCAUUAGCUGCCUUUCAUACUAUUUAAUUGUUAAGAGUCCCUUUUUAUGUUAUGUUGACAGCUGACCUGUUGGAUGUGCUGCCAUAUUUUCAUUUUUACGGGGUCUCAAGAAUAAUGUUCAAUAUUCCAGUCAGUGGAUUUAUAAUUUUUCUUCUUUGUGAGUAUUUUUUUAAUUUAAAAAAAUAAUUAAAAUGAUUGUUUAACUGCUUUUUAACAAGGGACAAAACAGAUCAGAUUUUUCUUCAAUUAGUCUUACUUGAUGUAGGAGAUAUAAAUGUCCUUAUUCUUUUUAAAACAAAUGAUCUUUUCUCUUUUUUUUUGAACCAGCAUGCUGGGGACACUGUAAACAUUCUGAAGAAAUUCAAACAACAAAGGUUCAAAGUCGUGGAUUUACUGAAAAGCAUAUUUGAGUUAUGAAUACAGAGACAAAGUAUUGGCUGUAAUUCUAUAAGGUCAUUUCUUUUCAUCACAAGGCAGGUUUAAGUGCAGCCAGUAUAUUUUGUCAACCCUUUGUAUUGUCUCGUCAUUCUCCUGAAUCCUGCAGAGGAAUUUAAGUUCAGCAAUAAAGUGCUUUGUUAAAAGUCA